UAGGCUCCACAAUACCACAGAUAUGAUCAGCCAACAAGCCUCGGACGGCGUUGACGCUAGUGUCGGCUUUCUUUACCGUGACCGAGAUCCCAAGAAGCGUCGUGUGAAACCUGUCCAGAAACACCUCCUUCAAGUUGACUUUGGCGAAGAUGACAGUGCAGAAGACAGUGAUUUCAAGGUAGAUCCUAAUGCUGACAGUGAUGAAGAGGAAGAGGUAAUUGCUGGAAGCCAUUCUGAGAAGGAUGAGAAGAGUGAUGAGAGUGAUGAAGGUGAUGAAGAGGAGAAAGAUGAUGAAUCAGACAUGUCAGAAUCCGACUCUGUGCAGGAUUCAGAUGAAUCUGACAAUGACGACCGUCAGAGCAGCACCGAGAGUGACAGCUCUGAACCUGGUGGGAAGACGCAAGAUAUGCUGAUCUCGUGGGGGGAUGGAGAUAGUGAAGAUGAUGAAGAUUAUGUGCCACCAGACCAGCGCACAGACAGCAAGCCUCCAACACCCUCUGGCAAGGGAGAGGCUGUACCACACCGCAAGGAGGAUAUCAAGGACCGCCUCAAAUCUAUGAUCAGUGGUGAAUACACUCAAGUGGUCACUCCUGGGAAGAAGUUGAAGAUUGUCAUCUGCCAAGUUUGUCUCGGUGACAUCAGCGUAGAAGAGGAUGAAAUCGUGGAGUGUGACGGGUGUGGUGUCUCCGUCCAUGAAGGUUGCUAUGGUAUCAGUGAGAAUCAGUCCGCUGCCAGUACAGAAUCAUCUGCAAGUACUGAACCAUGGUUCUGUGAUGCUUGCAAGGCUGGUGUUGAACAACCGCAUUGCGAGUUGUGCCCUAAUCCGGGUGGAAUAUUCAAGGAAACUGAUGCCGGAAAAUGGGUUCACAUUGUCUGUGCUCUGUACAUUCCUGGAGUGGCAUUUGGUGACGUUGACAAGCUCAGUCCGGUCACACUGUUUGAGAUGUCUUACAGCAAAUGGGGAGCAAAGGAGUGUAGUCUCUGUGAAGACAUCAAGUUUAGUCGGACUGGUGUUUGUGUUGGAUGCGAUGCUGGAAUGUGUCGUACUUAUUUCCACGUCACUUGUGCUCAGCGAGAGGGUCUGUUGUCCGAGGCAUCCCCAGAGGAAGACAUUGCAGAUCCUUUCUAUGCCUACUGCAAACAGCAUGCCGAGAAACAUAUUGCUCGCAAGAAGCGAUGUAAUUGGCUGGCUCUUCAGAGGAAUAUUAAAAACUAUGCCAAACAGGAGAUUUCUGAUGAGAAAGAGAAGGAAAGAGUGCAACGGAAACUGAAGCGUCACUGUCGGAAAUAUGUCGAGUACUAUGCCAAGAAACCGCCAAGCUGGACACCAACAGAAAAGAUGCCACGCCUCCUGUCGUCUUGUCCAUCUGCCCUUCGAAGAUUGAACAGAAAAGCCGAGUUGUUGGGAAUCAACACACAGGUGGACCAAUCCACAACCAAUAAGGACACACGUAAGAAGAGUUACGUCUCUCCCGCAUUCUCUGUUGAGUAUGUCACUUAUUUUGUGGAGCGGAAUAACAAAAUCAGCACCAUGGGAAACCACACAAACGACCUCCAGCAGCAACACUCCAAGCUGAGGGAGCAAGAAGCUAUACUCCGAGCGAAAUAUGACCAGCUUUCAAAUGAGAUGACUAGCUUGAGGAACUCCAAUACAACUCUGCGAUGUGAAGGAGAGAGUUUCUGGAAGAUACUUGGAGAUAUGGCUGGCAAGAGUCUUGGAAUUCCGGAGGUGCUGAAGGUGAAGAAGUUAACAGUUCAGACAUCUCUUCCAAGAAACCCUGCGAAGAAAGAUAGUCCAACAUCUCCUAACAUUGGCGUAAUACUCCAUAAGUGUAGCCUGUGUCAGAAGACAAGUGACCAGCACAUGCUUGCACGCUGUGAUAAGUGUCGUCUCUACUCCCACCUGGGAUGCCUGGACCCUCCCCUAACGAGGAUGCCCAAAAAAACCAAACAAUGUGGAUGGCAGUGUUCUGAAUGUGCCAAGACGAGUAGUGAGGAGUCCGACACACCUGGUGUCAACCCAGAUGCUCCAAGGAAACUACGUGAGAUGAUUAAGGAGCCAUCCAAGUUUGCCCCAGAGGAAGAGCGAGUGCGGUAUCGUGGCCUGUUGGAAGCGUGUAAACCCAAACAAAAGGGAAAGAGGAGAGUACGAGUACCAAGUGAACAUAAGGAAGACUCAGACGAUGAUCAGCCACAUGAGAAGAAGAAGAAAGAUGGAGAGAAGAAAGAACAGAAGGCUGAGAAGAAGAAGAUGAUCCUGAAAGAGAAGCAGCCUAAAGAUGCAGUUCCAAAGAAAGAGAAGAUGGUUACAAGUAAAGAGGGGGAUAAACCAGCUGCCCCGAAGAGGAAACGUAAACCACAAGUGCAGCCAAGUUACUUGUUUGAGGCCGCACAACAGUUGAAGGCACCAAUGGAAUGCGUGAUUUGCCUGAAGCCUGGAGAUACAACCAACAUGGUCAGAUGUGAUGAGUGCACAUUGUGCUACCACUAUGGCUGCCUGGAUCCACCACUGACCAAGUCACCGAAACGACGAGGCUACUCAUGGCAUUGUGCUGCUUGUGACCCUGUUGGAAGGGCCUCUGAUUAUAAUGAUAAAUGCGAUGAUUCUGAUGAUGUGCCUCAUGAUGAAAAGCCAAAGAGAAAGAAGGCGAAGAGAACGCCUCCUACUGGAAAGGCGAGUGAACAGAAAGGAGUAAAGAAGGCUGAUGGAGUGAGGACGAGAUGUAAAGCUAAGGGUGGCGAUGAUGAAGAAAAACCAGGGGAGGAGGAAGAGCCUGGAAACAAAGCAGGAAAACUCAAAGGUGCUGUUAAAACAGAACCAACUUGUAAAGAAACAGUUGAAACCAAAGUUAAAAUCAGUAGAAAAGCUGCCACUGGAGUUAAAGACAGUGUGAAAGCCAAACUAGAGGACACUAUUUCCCUGAAUCCUUCAAUGACUGAAGCAGAACAAACACCAAUCCAUGAGGGUGAAAUAAAACCGAGAGACAAAAUUGACAGGAGCCCAGUUGACAAGGGUUCUUUACUGAAAGCUGGUGACAGGACUCCUGCGAAAGCUGGUGUUAGGGUUUCUGUGUCACCUGGUAAAGAUGGUUUGAGAAGUCGUACACCUACAAAGAUAGCGAAAAAAGAAUUGAAGGUCGUAGAAGACAGUGGUAGUGCUUGUAAGAGUGGCGCUAAGAUAGUAGGGCUCAGGGGUGAAAAUGAUAAAGACGAGGGUUGUCAGAAGGCAGAUAAUGUUGAAUUGGGAAAGAUUUUUGAGAAUGAUGAAAAGGUUGCUAAGAAUGAUGUCACAGAUUUAGAGAGGGCUAAUAAGGAAAACAAUGCAGUUGUUAAGGAAGAUGGGAAGGUUGCUAAGGAUAAGGGGUUGGCGAAGGGUGAUGGUAAGAUUACUAAGGAAGAUAAGAAGGUUACUAACGAAGAAGAUAGUGGGAAAAAGAUGGAUAAAAUUAAAAGCAUAAUGUGUAGUAAGGAAGUGAAGAUUGUUGUGAACAGGGAUCUUGGGAAUCAUGGGGUUGGAAAGGGAAAGAAUGGUAAAUCUGAGGAGGCGGGUUCUACUCAGAAACGAGGAGAGGGGGAGGGGAAUGGGAAAACUAAAGGCAUGGAUAGGGUUGUAACAAGGGUCACUGAAGCCGAUAAGGUGGCGACACGUGCUGAAACAUCUGAGAGUGUGGUGACGCAGGGUUCUGAGCCAGAAAGGGUUAGCACAAGGGCUUCGGGAAAGAGUGGGAACGGUAACAAGGGGGUUGAAGGAUGUAAGCAUGGAAAUGAUGACAAAGACAAGCUGCCAGAUUCGAAAGAUGAGGCUUCCAGUGUGAAGGAUUGUGGGAAAAAGAAGGAGGCAGCAAGUAUUGAGGCCACACCCAAGGAGAGAACUCCCAAGAAGGAGGGCUCUCCUAAAUUUGACGUGGCGACUUCGAAAAAGGAGUGAACAAAAUGUUACAUUUACUGAAUUCUUUGUUGUGGGAUGUGGUGAGUAUUAGUGUUGGCUAGAGACAUUGUUGUGUCUGUUGAAGUGUAAGUGUGUGGUGGUUGUACUGUCUUUUGGUUUAGACAUAGAGACGGAGCUUUCAUUCCUUGGUCUGAAAAUAAAUCCAUUUUGAUGUA